UCGAGUCUCCCUGGGCUGGGCAGUGGCACGUGCGGAGCCCCGAGCCUGGGUGUUCUCCGAGCAUAGCCUGCGGGCAGCUGCCGCCCGAGAGACGAGGGAGGGGGCAGGAAGCGAGGUUCAAAGUCACGCGGCCGGAGCAGCCCAACUCAGGAAUUAGUGCCACAAAGAAAACCUGAUGCAACCUCUUCAGAUCCUUCCCCGCCGAUUACUUUCCGGGCUGUACUGUGGACUGAAAUCUCCAGUCUCCUCUGGAACCCGGAUUUGCCCAACAAUGGCUCGACCAAGUUCAAAUAUGGCUGAUUUUCGGAAGCUUUUUGCGAAAGCAAAGCACAUAGUCAUCCUUUCAGGGGCUGGCGUUAGUGCUGAGAGCGGAGUCCCGACUUUCCGAGGAGCCGGGGGCUACUGGAGAAGAUGGCAAGCUCAGGACCUGGCCACCCCGCAGGCCUUUGCACGAAACCCUUCCCUGGUGUGGGAGUUCUACCACUACCGGCGGGAGGUCAUGCUGAGCAAGGAGCCGAACCCGGGGCACCUUGCCAUUGCUGAAUGUGAGGCCCGGCUGCGUGAGCAGGGCCGACGGGUCAUGGUCAUCACUCAGAACAUCGAUGAGCUGCACCGCAGGGCUGGCACCAAGAACCUUCUGGAAAUCCAUGGUAGCUUAUUUAAAACCCGCUGUACCUCUUGUGGCGUUGUGGCUGAGAAUUACAAGAGUCCCAUUUGUGCGGCUUUAUUGGGGAAAGGUGCUCCAGACCCCGAAGCUCAAGAUGCCGGAAUCCCAGUGGAGAAACUUCCCCGGUGCGAAGAGGCCGGGUGCGGGGGUCUGCUGCGACCCCAUGUGGUGUGGUUUGGAGAAAACCUGGAUCCUGCCAUUCUGGAAGAGGUUGACAGAGAGCUGAACCUCUGCGACUUGUGUCUAGUGGUGGGAACUUCCUCCGUGGUUUAUCCUGCCGCCAUGUUCGCGCCCCAGGUGUCUGCCCGGGGAGUGCCAGUGGCCGAAUUCAACAUGGAAACCACCCCGGCCACCAACAGAUUCAGCUCUCCUCUACUAAGUAAUGAAAACAAAUCAUCACGGUAGAAAAGUAACAAAACACAGGUCGGGGAAAAAGAAGAAAAUAAGAGCAGAAUCCUUCUACAAGCCCCAUCCUUCUACAAUCCGCCUUUCAUGCCCUGGACUGAGCAGCAGCUCCUGGGCGUCCGCUGUGUGUGUCUUCAGAGGAAAUUGAACUUGGUAGUUUUCCUGCAAGUUAAGAAGAGAAUCCUGGCAGUUAAGGACAUCAUUUCGUAAGUUGGGCCUCCUGAAACUACAGACCUGACCCAGCCGCUUCUCUUUCUCAGCCAAAACUGUUCAGCUUCACGUCCUGAAAAGCUGCUGUGUCUCCUUUCAGACAGACCGGCUACUUGCUCGUUAGAAACUUUGAUCAAAUUUGACAAGCUACUCAUUGACCCGGCACCAACGACAUGAACCACGUUCUGUUUGUUGGCUUCUUGGGGGAGCUGCGGCUGUCCUUACCACUAAGUCUGGGAGUUUUCCCAGAUGAGUGUAACUGACCAGCAAGGACAGUCGUGCUUUUAUCUAGGAGUCAUCAAAGCUGACAUUUACAAGAGAUGGAGGUGAUCCUCUUACCUGUCUCAACUUUUCAGACAGGGAACCAGGCCCAGAGCAAUUGAGUGUUUGAACACACAGCCUAACAAGGGCAGAAUUUUCUCUUCCAUCUCGUGUGCUAGAUUUGGGUUGAAAUUUACGCUAGGUCAGCAAACUGCUUCCUGUACGUCAAAUUCACCCCGCAUCUGUGUUU